UAUUCCGGUCGCCAUGUUUAGCCGGAUUCACGCAGUUCAACAGAAGAAUUGCCUUGUCCAGCUUUCGCCAGUAGUUUUACUCUUUUAUAUCAUUAAUACACAUGUGUUUUAGACCAAAUUAAUUUUUUUAAUACCCGUGCCUUUGAUAAUAUGCUCAGUAACUCUGGGUAUUAAAGGGACGCGUUAUUUCUCUGUUAUGGACCCUCUUAUCCAGGCUGAUGUCAUGCACCUUCAGGAGUCUCGUUCCUCAGCUCUGGAUCUGUCCGUGGGUUGCAGGCAGAGUCCGUUGAAGACAAACUCCAUGGAGGCUUUGGAUCUGGUGAAAAAGCCCAGCUGGUGUGGCAUUACUUCAGGGAGCAAGAGCAUUAACAUGUCCGAGUCUCGGUACAUCACUCGGCCUAGCAAACUGAAUUCUCCGGAUCACCCAGAACCAGGAUUGAAGCAUCAUGGGACAAGGACUUGUGGCACGUCAUCCCACGGCCCCUACUCUAUACCUUUACCACUGAUCAAUGGCUUGCCAUCUGUGGCUCAGAUAUUGUCUCAGUGCCCACCCACAGACCAAGUGUUUACGGAUGACAGUGAUUACAGUGUCGAAAUGGACGAUAUGUUGACGCAAACAAAAAAAUGUCACAAAAAAGCAGAUUCUGUAUUAGAAAACAGCACACUGGGAGGUAGGAUAGCGCACAGUGUAUUAGAGACGCAUCCACAAGACAUUUUGACCGGUUGUGGUGAAACAUACUUGAGUGACACAGGCGUGUCACAAACUAAGGGCUCAUCGGGUUUACCUCAGGACGCCAGCGCAACUGCAUACACACUACGUUCCACCAACUCAGUGAUUGAGCGAACUGCCAUCGAAAUGCUCGCAUCCGAAUGUUCUGCCGCUAAAAAAACAUCUCCAUGCUCCAUCGAAUACAUCUCUAGUGACCAUGACAGUGACAUCAUUGAGGUGCCAGUAAGCAACUCCAGAUGCAAGACGCCUCCAAACUUCUGCUUCCGAACUCAGAGUGUUAUAGUUAAUAAGAGAAAUCGUGGAAUACAAAGAAAUUCCUCUGUAAAGCAAGAAGUUAAAAUGGACUGCUCUCCCAAAAAUUUGAACAAUUUCUAUGCCCUCGAUGAACCUGUUUUUGAAGCCCAUGAUGGCAGGGCCGGCUUUGAAUCCAAGUCGUUGCUGUCAUGGAUGGAGUCGGUCUGUAUUCCCAUAUCUCCAGAAGACAGCGAUCAAGACAUGGAUGCUGCUUUUCCCAAAAACUUCCCAUCUACCUCGGAUGCAGAAAACACAAGCAUCUUCAAGUCUCCACAGAGUGGGGCUUCGUCUUCAAUGUCAAGCCGUCCAUGGAAAACUCCGGCCUCGAAGAGCAGGAAACGGGCAAAACCGAGACCCAAACCCAAGAAACCCGCUAAGCGGGUGAGAGCGCCACCUGCUGGCAAAUCGGCAACUAGCACGGCAAAGAGAAGACGCAGAAAACCUAGAUCAUCUGGACCUUCAUCUAUGUUUUCACCUCAAGAGCCGGAGAUCAAACUAAAAUAUGCAAACCACAAAGAAGAGAAGAAAGACACCAGGCCGGACACCUUCGCCCCGUACAUUCACAUGGAGUUCUCAUCCUGCACAAUCAUCAAUUUUAGGGAUGAGGAUGUUUAUUCGACAAAGAAAGGGUUGCAGCAGGUGGUCUCGGGGGUCAUCCCAAAGACGUCCUGUUUACAGCUGGGCCGUGUUGGCUCUGACGCCAGGUUGCAGGUCAGGCAUUUCUGCUGCCUGUGCGGAAGGGCUGGCAAUGUUGAAGGCCUCGGGGACUUGCAUGGGCCGUACCAGAACAGUGGAGCUCAGGCCGUCUGUAAAUCUGACAGCAGUCCUCCUGCCCAAAAGCAGGAACCUGACUGCAGCGAUCUGGACUCGGUCUACAGUUUGGAGGAUGGUGCAUCCCAGUCUGUCAAACGGCAGAGGAAGGAGAACUGCUCAGAGAGCAUUGAGGAGUCUGGUGUGUGUAUUGAGCACUGGAUACAUGAGGACUGUAGCAUUUGGACUGCAGACAUCUUUUUGGUUAAAGGGAAACUCUACGGAUUGGAGGAAGCCAUCCGGCUUGCGCAAGAAACAGUGUGUUCAUACUGUCACAGGGUUGGUGCCACUUUGGGAUGUUUCUUCAAAGAUUGCCCCAAUAAGUACCACUUCCCCUGUGCCCUGCAGUCAGAGAGUGCACUCAAUGAGGAGAACUUCACGAUAAGAUGCCCGAAGCACAAGAAUAAAACAUCCAGAAUGAGCGUUAGCAGGUUGAAGAACAGAUGACAUUUGGGAGGUGCUGAUAUGUCUUUGAAGGUAGACGUCGACAGACGUUGGGUUAUCUGGCUGUGGAGUGGAUCCCUAAUGUGUUUACAGAUUGUUCCAUUUGAAUUAGUACUUCACGUAUUGAGUGUUUACAUGUACGCUCAGGCAGUUGAAUGUUCGCGACUGGAUGUGCUGCAGACAGCCACUGCCUUGUACCUGUUAACCCUUGGACAAUGCUGGAUGAUUUUCUUCGCAUUCCUAACACCCGAGAAAUUCAACCACUGCAGAUUUUUACAUCUCCAUUUCAUUUAAGUUUACUGAAGGCCAAAUAUCUCCCGUCUGCUUCAGGCUGAAUCCCGUAAAACCCUUUACAAUGUUACGGCAAUCUAACCAACAGUGGAGAUAAAAACGAGAGCCCCGUUUGAUUUGAAGUGACAGUACAAGCGUAUCGUGCUUGAUUUUUCUCCUUGAUUUUUAUUCUUAUAUGCACUUAAGCAUCUCGUUCAUUAAAUAUGUAACACCAACUGUCCAUUCUGUAACCGCGAUGUCUUUAUUACGUAAAACUGAAAUGCUGAAUGAACUAGUCUCCUCCAGUGGUACCGUAUGCACUAUUAUGUGAACAUAUUUAUUUCUAUUUGUUUAAUGCAUAGGUGUAUAUUUAUUUGCCAAUGAACAGCCUCUUUUAAAAGGACAGAGUGUGUUUUAGCACCUUGUAUAAAUGCACUAAAGGCACAUUAUAAUUUGAUGUUUGUAACAGCUUACAGGGUGCUUUAAAUAUGAAUCUGAUUUCAGUUUUAUUUUGCAACUCGUGGCCUGGGAAUCUAGGAGUCACAGCGUCUGUAGGAUUUUCCAUUUCACCUGAUGCCUUGUGAUGUUUCGAGUUCUGUUUCUUUCAAUAAAUGUUUUUAUUCUACAUUCCUAACA